AUGAUUAGUGAUGUGGACAGUGAUGUGGACUGUAAUGUGGACUGUAAUGUGAACUGUAAUGUGGACAUUGAUGUGGACAGUAAUGUGGACAGUAAUGUGGACAGUGAUGUGGACAGUGAUGUGGACAGUGAUGGGGUUAGUGGUGUGGACAGUGGUGUGGACAGUGGUGUGGACAGUGGUGUGGACAGUGGUGUGGACAGUGGUGUGGACUGUAAUGUGGACUGUAAUGUGGACUGUAAUGUGGACAUUGAUGUGGACAGUAAUGUGGACAGUAAUGUGGACAGUGAUGUGGACAGUGAUGGGGUUAGUGGUGUGGACAGUGGUGUGGACAGUGGUGUGGACAGUGGUGUGGACAGUGGUGUGGACUGUAAUGUGGACAGUAAUGUGGACUGUAAUGUGGACUGUAAUGUGGACUGUAAUGUGGACUAUGAUGUGGACAGUAAUGUGGACAGUAAUGUGGACAGUAAUGUGGACAGUGAUGUGGACAGUGAUGUGGACAGUGAUGGGGUUAGUGGUGUGGACAGUGGUGUGGACAGUGGUGUGGACAGUGAUGGGGUUAGUGGUGUGGACAGUGAUGUGGACAGUGGUGUGGACAGUGGUGUGGACAGUGAUGGGGUUAGUGGUGUGGACAGUGGUGUGGACAGUGAUGGGGUUAGUGGUGUGGACAGUGGUGUGGACAGUGAUGGGGUUAGUGGUGUGGACAGUGGUGUGGACAGUGGUGUGGACAGUGAUGGGGUUAGUGGUGUGGACAGUGGUGUGGACAGUGGUGUGGACAGUGAUGGGGUUAGUGGUGUGGACAGUGGUGUGGACAGUGGUGUGGACAGUGAUGGGGUUAGUGGUGUGGACAGUGAUGUGGACAGUGGUGUGGACAGUGGUGUGGACAGUGAUGGGGUUAGUGGUGUGGACAGUGGUGUGGACAGUGGUGUGGACAGUGAUGGGGUUAGUGGUGUGGACAGUGGUGUGGACAGUGAUGGGGUUAGUGGUGUGGACAGUGGUGUGGACAGUGGUGUGGACAGUGGUGUGGACAGUGGUGUGGACAGUGAUGGGGUUAGUGGUGUGGACAGUGGUGUGGACAGUGAUGUGGACAGUGGUGUGGACAGUGAUGUGGACAGUGGUGUGGACAGUGAUGUGGAUAGUGGUGUGGACAGUGGUGUGGACAGUGGUGUGGACAGUGGUGUGGACAGUGAUGGGGUUAGUGGUGUGGACAGUGAUGUGGACAGUGGUGUGGACAGUGGUGUGGACAGUGGUGUGGACGGCGAUGCGGACGGCGAUGCGGACGGCGAUGCGGACUGUGAUGCGGACGGUGAGGCGGACAUUCAUUGUAAGUUGAGUGUUAGGAUAGACGCUAACCACUACACCAUAAGCACUAACCACUACACCAUCAGUGGUAACCACUACACCAUCAGCACUAACCACUACACCAUCAGUGCUAACCACUACAACAUCAGCAUUAACCACUACACCAUCAGCACUAACCACUACACCACCAGCGCUAACCACUACAACAUAAGCACUAACCACUACACCAUCAGUGCUAACCACUACACCAUCAGCACUAACCACUACACCAUCAGCACUAACCACUACACUAUCAGCACUAACCACUACACCAUCAGCAUUAACCACUACACCAUCAGCACAAACCACUACAUCAUCAGCGCUAACUACUACACCAUCAGUGCUAACCACUACACCAUCAGCACUAACCUCUACAUCAUCAGCACUAACCACUACAUCAUCAGCACUAACCACUACACCAUCAGCACUAACCACUACACCAUCAGUGCUAGCCACUACACCAUCAGUGCUAGCCAUUAUACCAUUAGCACCAACCACUACACCAUCAGCACUAACCACUACACCAUCAGUACUUACCACUAA